AUGGCCACAAGCAGUAGUGACAACGCCGCUCAACGUCUUUUGCGUCUAUCUGAUAUUGCUCAAGAACCGCUUGAAAUGCUCAUGCUAAUCAGUGGGUAUGAGGAUGUACCACUGUUACCACUUGAUAUUGCUGUCGAACCUCUAAUUCCUCUUUUACCGACCAUUCAGAGCUUUGCUCACUCUGCUAAAGAACGUUGCAAAAAGCCUCCAGACGAUGGACUAACUGUUGAUGAGUCCGCCUCAAUUAUGCUCUACUCGAUGGGCUGGAAACCACGUGAAAAAUGCCUAUAUGCCGCUUUGAAUGCUACACUACGAUCGAAGGACAGAGAAAAACUCGAACCCUGGUUCCUUUAUCUUAAACUGUUUCUCACUGCACUAUCUCGACUUCCAUCUCAACAUCGCACUGUCUUUCGUGGCGUUAAACUAGAUCUGCACGACAAGUAUCCAAGAGGCGCAACAAUUACCUGGUGGGGCUUCUCGUCGUGCACUGCUUCUAUUGCAGUUCUACAAUCCGAGCUGUUUUUGGGCAAGAUCGGAACAAGAACAAUGUUCACAAUUGAAUGUGAUUCUGGCAAAGACAUCAACAAAUAUUCGUUUUUUCCAAAAGAAGAUGAAACGUUACUUCUUGCUGCCACGCAAUUCAAAGUUAUUGGGUGCCUGGAUAAUGGCAAUGGUUAUUACACAAUCCAAUUGAAAGAAAUGAAGCCUCUAUUUCCUCUGUUGUUACCACCGACGCCCGUCUCUGAUUCAAGUAUACUACCAAGUAUAAAGAGUAUAUUGAAUAUUUUAUCAAAAAUUUCACAAAAAGAAGUUAUUGAGAUAUGA